AUGGGCCACUCCUACGCCAAAAAGCCAGGCACCACAAAAGCAGCCCGUACCCCAGCCCAAUGGACAGAACAAGUGCGACACAAAUACUGCGGAGCGCUGGACAUGGGCCGCAAAGGGAAACCCAACAAGGUACACCGGUGCGAGGCCUGUUUGGCCAUCAAGGCGCGCCAGAGCAGAGGGAGUGGUGGUGAGAAGGCGAUUAAAGAGGGGAGACAGGAGAAGAUGAGUUGGCAUUUGGGGGGUGGGGGGAGUUGA